CAGCGGCUUGAAGACCAUUGGACCCAGCAUCUAGAGAAUGUACGACAAAGGGAUACCAAAGGUAUAUACUCAUAUCCUGGCAUUGACUCCGAUGUCCUCUUCUUACCAAAUUAUCGCCACAAACAUCGCGGGUUCCAACAGGGGGACCUAGAGUGUCCUAUGUGCGCUUCACAAGGGGACCAAACGUGCUCGGAAGCGCGCAACGCGUCAUGUACCGAACUGGGAUGUGAUGAGGCACUUCAAGUGCAUAGGGGAUUAUCAAAGAGGAGAUAACGGGUGAACCACACCAAUGGAAGUGAAGAGAGGGUCCCAGAGCUUCAUUUUGGCGUGAUGGCAUGUGGUGACAUGGUCAUUAAGUGCGCCAGUAACCGUGACCGAAUUUCCCAGCCCGUCGGUGCUAUCGCUUUUGAGAUGGAGUCGGCUGGCAUAUUCCAAAGCUUUGCUGGAAUUGUUAUUAAAGGUGUCUGUGGCUAUGCCGACUCACACAAGCACAAACAGUGGCAGGAUUACGCCGCUGGGACCGCUGCUGCUGCUACGAAGGCCGUGUUAGAACAAUUCACUCCACAAGACAGGCCACCAGCAGAACCUAUUGACUCCGCCAACCAGACUCUGCAAAAGCCUCUCUAUCUUGUCCGACAUAAAGCUUGGGUUAAUUUUGUUGGUAGGGACCAUUGCCUUAAUGCAAUCGAGCAUAGCCUAAUUAGAGAAAAAGGCGAUACAAUACAGAAAUGUUUCGUCGUGUAUGGUAUAGGUGGUGCUGGGAAGACUCAAGUGUGUCUCCGAUUUGCAGAGCUUCAUCGAGAUAAAUUCUUAGGGGUGUUUGAAGUAGACGCCAGCACCUCUGUGACCAUUGAGAGGGACUUUGCUGCCAUCGCUGAGAAAAUUGGGUGUAGGGCCACUAGUGAUGAUGGAAUAGACUAUCUGUCAACGAGUCAAGACAGAUGGCUGCUGAUAAUAGAUAAUGUCGACUUGAAGGAAGGCUCGAUCCGGAAAUACUUCCCGAACACUCACCGGGGAUGCAUCCUCAUGACGACUCGUAACCACCGCCUUGCUAUUCCCGGGACCGCAGGAAACUAUCAAUUGGAUAGCAUGGAUCCCGAAGAAGGUAUAUCUUUAUUUCUCAAGGAAGUUCACGAAUACCCAAAUACACAGGGUAACAGGUUGAUAGCCAGCGAUAUUGCUAAAGAACUUGGCUACCUUCCAUUGGCCCUCGCGCAUGCCGCUGUGCCAAUUCGUCAUAAGCGAUGUCGACUCGAAGACUACAGGGAAUAUUUCCAAAAAAAAACAAGCAAAAGCUGAUGGCUGAGCUCCCCGAAAAACAUGAGAAUGACACAUACAGGUAUUCUGUCUACACGAGUUUUGAGUGUUCGUUCGAAACAAUGAUCUCUUAACGAAACGGUCCCGUUGUUGAUCGCGCUCUAGAGAUACUGCAAAUUUACGCGUAUCUCCAUUUCCAAGA